CCACCAGCACCAGUGGCCAUAUUACGACCAUCACCAUCACCACCAUCACCACCAUCACUACCGCAGGGCGGAUUUUCGAUACGACACGCCGGCCCACGAUGUGCGUGGUGGUGGGAUACAAGAAGUAGGCUGUCAAGUACUAUAGGUUAGAUACUUACUUAUGUACACUUCUCGACCGCAGUCUUCACCCCCCUCCCCCCUCUUGAAGACGGCGAUGAGGAUUCCCAUCCAUCCAGCCAGCCAGCCGCUGGUCGGGCCAACGAUUGUCCCCCCCGCUCGACUGUCGUCCAGCUGCGCGAUAGAUAACCAACUAACGUGGAAGACUCGGCACGUCAACUACUCUAGUUACUGCUCACCUGCCCGUGGAGAAAAAAAAAUUAUGCAUCCAACGCGGUUUUUCCUCUCCAUUGCAAUUCCGGCAUUCGAGAGGCCAAGACUCCAAUCAAAGGUCCACAUCGAGCCGUGCGGAAGCAGCAGAAUAAACACCCGCAACACGCCACGAACCAGUGAGCAUCACGGUAGCUAUUGCGGGUGCAUACGGGGGGAAUAUUUAAUCCUCGCGGUGCUGCCCUUCGAGCGGGAUCGGAGCGGAACGAAGGGAGUGACAUGCGCGCGUGGAAUCGUUGAGGGUGCGGCCAUCAAUCGUCAUGGGACGGAAAGAAGCCUGCCCCUGACCCUGGCGAUGCCGCACUCUACAUGUCAGACAGGUCCGGUUGGAUGCUUGCUACUGCUCUAUAGAGUACUAGUAUCCUGUAUAGAUGCUGGGUAUACGCAGACAGGUACCGCCCGGCACUUCGAACGAGAGAGCGCACCAAGAUGUCCUAUGUCGAAACUCUCUCUCUGCCUAUCUCUCUCUCCCUCGAGCCGUGAGCUUAUCCCGACGACAAACAGAUGCAGCUCAUCGCGUGUGUAUGUACGUAUGACUUAUCCGAGAUCUCUCCCCGGGUCACUCUGUCUCGGUUGUCCAGAGGAGGUGUAGGUAAUACUUUACUCCGCUAUAUAGUUGGUAGCCGCCUGCCGUUCCGCUCCAGAUAUGUAGUUGGAUAGAUAUGGAC